AGGAAAAAGAGGUUAGAAAGUCAUCGAGAUCUGAGAGGUGCAACAUGAUGACCGGACCAUCAUCAUUCUGAAUCUGGGACGAGCUUAAAGAGGAACAGUCUAAAGACAAAACUUCAAGUUAAAGGGAAAAUAUAAUAGAACAGUUAUGAGGAUUGUUUCCCUGUUAUCAACAGCCGGAAAGUGUGGUAUCAAUGCACAGUCCAGAUCCUAUUUAUCCUGCUUAUCAAAGGCUACAAAUAAUACUGCAAUUAGUGAGAAUGUUAGAACCAUGUCUUCCAAAUUAACAGGCUCCAAUAGGAUAAAGGGAACAGAGAAGAACAUAUGGGUGGAGUUUGGAAAGCUUGCAGUAGAAAAUGAAGCCUUGAAUCUUGGACAGGGAUUUCCUGACUUUAAGCCUCCACAACAUGUGAUUGACGAGAUGACAGCAGCAGUUGCUAGUGACAACCACCUCAUGCAUCAGUAUACUCGCAGCUUUGGUCAUCCCAGGCUUGUUUCAGCUCUGGCAAAGUUAUACUCACCUCUCAUUGGCCAUGAGUUGGACCCAUUUAAAAAUGUGACUGUAUCAGUUGGGGCAUAUGGUGUCCUAUUCUGUGCUGCCCAAGGAUUAAUAAACCCUGGGGAUGAAGCUGUGAUCAUUGAGCCCUACUUUGACUGCUAUGAACCUAUGGUUAAAGUUGCUGGAGGAGAAGCAUUUUAUUGCCCUCUGAGGCCUACAAAGACAGGACAGGUGACUUCUAGCAAGGACUGGAAGUUGGAUCCCAAGGAACUGGAGAGUAAAUUCAGCCAGAAAACAAAGGCUGUGUUCAUAAACAAUCCUAAUAAUCCACUGGGGAAGGUUUUCACUCGAGAGGAACUUCAGAUGAUUGCAGACCUGUGUAUUAAGUAUGACACCAUUUGUUUGUCAGAUGAAGUUUAUGAGUGGAUGAUCUAUGAUGAUAAUAAACACAUCAAGAUUGCUUCCCUGCCAGGAAUGUGGGAGAGAACGGUGACUAUUGGGAGUGCUGGGAAGACAUUUAGUGCUACAGGCUGGAAGCUGGGCUGGGCAGUGGGUCCAGAAGAUCUCAUCAACCCCAUGCAGAUUCUCCACCAAAACUGUACUUACAACUGUCCCACACCGGUCCAGGAGGCAGUUGCUGGAGCUUUAGAGCAUGAGAUGAAGCUGAUGGACCAACCAGACAAAUGUUACUUUUACUCUCUGGCCAAAGAACUACAACCAAAGAGGGACAUGUUAGCUAAAAUCAUCAAGGACGUUGGUUUGUUUCCUGUAGUACCAGAAGGAGGCUAUUUUAUGAUGGUGGACACAUCUGGCCUUAACAUAGAUCUUCCAGAUGAUGGGACAGAUGACCCACGUGACUUCAAGGUCAUCAGGUGGAUGACAAAAGAACUGAAGUUGGCAGCCAUUCCCCCAACUGCAUUCUACCAUCAAGAACACAAACAUCUUGGAGAAAACUAUAUUCGCUUCUGUUUUAUCAAAAAAGAUGAAACCAUAGCAGCAGCUGGUGAAAUUCUCAGAAAGUGGGCAAGCUCACUGAAGAAAUGACAAUAGAAUGAUAUUGCACUCCCAGUAUUAGAAAUAUUACCAAGUUGCAUGUUGUGCCAAUUAGAAUAAAUGCCUAUGACUUGUUUAACCAUGUAUUAAAGGUAAACCAGAGUGACUUUAGUUAAUCUGUGCCUAUUUACUCUAGAAAUCCACAUAUGAGAGAUUUACAUGAAGUAAUACAGUUUACAAGUGAUAUAUUAAGAAUUCAAAAUUUGUUCAAAAUGCAUUCCUUGUAUUGUAUGCAUUAUCGAUAAACUACAUGUAGGACUAUAUUGUUUUUCUAUUAUUCAUGUAUAGCUAUCUACAAAUUACACAAAGACCAUACUAUGAUAUGAAUUGUUUUUGGUUCUAUUCCUUUGUUUACAAUAAGACCAAUGUGCAUAUUAAGUAAUGAUCAAUUUUUAUCUUGGGAUGUUCUCUAAUAGCUGAUCAGACUGUGCCAAAUACUGUUAAGGUUCAUUUUGAAAAUUCUGUGAUUUAGUGGACAUUUUAAAAAAAAAAAAAAAAAAAACUCUUCAAUUAAUGAAGUAUUAUACUAGCAUCAAUCUUCAGUGUGAACUUGAUUCAUUUUUGAAAUCAGUCUUCUUUACCUAAAACACGUUUUCCCCAUUUUUUUCUUUAUUAUUUUGAAGCUAUUAAAAAU